GCUGGCGCUACGGCUUUUGUCAGUCAGUGCUCUAAAGCCGGCCGGCAGCGCCUGUGGCGGCUCCUCCAGCCCGGCUCCUCCUCGGGCGGCGCGUCCACUCCGGCUCCAGCAGCCACCGAGCUCAGCGGGGCCCGUCUCUGAGGAGGAGGCACGGGACUAGGGGGCCGACCGGCUGCCGGGCGAGGCGCUGAACCAUGACGGGCGCUGACUGAGUUUCAAUGCAACAUCAUACAACUGCUGCACAGAGGACAGAAAACUUGCCUUGAUCUAUUUGCUUUUCUGAAGCACGUCUUUGGGCGCACAGUUGAAAGAAUUUGAACAAAGCUGAUUUUUCUUAGUUGUCCAUUUUGUUGCACUUACACUCUUAGAAACAAUGAACAGCUUCAGCAAUGAGGAGUUUGAUUUCACCUUCCUUGAUGAAGGCUUUACUGCCAAGGAUAUUCUAGACCAAAAAAUAAAUGAAGUUUCUUCCUCUGAUGAUAAAGAUGCUUUCUAUGUUGCUGACCUUGGGGAUGUCCUAAAGAAGCAUUUCCGAUGGUACAAAGCACUCCCUCGAGUAACACCCUUUUAUGCCGUCAAAUGUAAUGACAGUAAAGCUAUAGUGAAGACACUUGCUGCCCUUGGUGCAGGGUUUGAUUGUGCUAGUAAGACUGAAAUCCAGUUGGUACAGAACAUUGGUGUACCUCCAGAGCGAAUAAUAUAUGCAAAUCCUUGCAAACAAAUCUCUCAAAUUAAACAUGCUGCCAACAGUGGUGUGCAGAUGAUGACUUUUGAUAGUGAAGUAGAGCUAAUGAAAGUUGCAAGAGCUCAUCCAAAGGCAAAGCUAGUCUUGCGCAUCGCAACUGAUGACUCCAAAGCAGUUUGUCGCCUGAGUGUUAAAUUUGGAGCUACCCUCAAAACUAGCAGACUUCUUCUGGAGCGGGCAAAAGAACUUGACCUUGACAUUAUUGGAGUCAGUUUCCAUGUUGGAAGUGGCUGUACUGACCCAGAGACCUUUGUUCAAGCUAUUUCUGAUGCCCGUUGUGUCUUCGAUAUGGGAACAGAGCUUGGUUUCAGUAUGCAUCUGCUUGAUAUUGGUGGUGGCUUCCCUGGUUCUGAAGAUGUCAAGCUUAAAUUUGAAGAGAUCACAAGUGUAAUCAAUCCAGCAUUGGACAAAUACUUUCCUUGUGAUUCUGGAAUAAGAAUUAUUGCAGAGCCUGGCAGAUACUAUGUUGCAUCAGCUUUCACACUGGCCGUUAACAUAAUUGCAAAAAAAGUUGUAUUAAAGGAGCAGUCAGGUUCUGAUGAUGAGGAUGAUAUUAAUGGCAAAACUCUUAUGUACUAUGUGAAUGAUGGAGUGUAUGGAUCAUUCAAUUGCAUCCUAUAUGAUCAUGCACAUGUUAAGCCAGUCUUGCAAAAGAGACCUAAACCAGAUGAGGGCUGUUAUUCCUGUAGCAUUUGGGGACCAACAUGUGAUGGCCUGGAUCGUAUUGUUGAGCGCUUUGAUAUGCCAGAGUUGCAAGUUGGUGAUUGGAUGCUAUUUGAAAAUAUGGGUGCCUACACAGUUGCAGCUGCUUCCACUUUCAAUGGAUUCCAGCGGCCAGCAAUAAAUUAUGUGAUGUCAAGGCCAGCAUGGCAACUAAUGCAACAGAUUAAGGAGCAAGGCUUCCUAGCUGAAGAAGAGGAGCAGGAUGUCAGUACUUUGCCACUGUCUUGUGCCUGGGAAAGUGGAAUUGAACAUCAUCCGGCAACUUGUGCUUCAACUAGUAUUAAUGUAUAGAUAUUGUUUAAUUGCAAGUUUAUUAAUUGAAUCUCUAGGGCAUUUUGGGGACCAUUAACUUAAGUCUUGCUAGAAUUUUUAAAUGUUUUUUGUUUUUUAAGUCUAGGGUCAGCAUAAAUGCAACAAAAUGGAUGACUAGGAGAUGGGGGUCACAUUAUCUGUGUUCCUAUGGAAACUAUUUGAAUAUUUUAUAUGGAUUUUUACUCACUUUCAAGUAUGCUACUAAAGAUUAACCCUUGACUGUCAGACAAGCAUUUGUAGCUUGUAUAUUGGCAGAAUGGGCUGAGCUUAGUGUUGUGACCUAACUGUUUUAAAAUAAAGUAUUGAAAUAA